ACAAUAGAUGGCAACGCGACAACUAAUUCCAGUAAGGCUCCUCCUAGACAGAGCAGUGUCAUAUUCUCAGGUCCUGGAUCCGCCAGUAAAGGGGUUGGAGGAGUUGCAAUUGCAAACAAAACAGCAUCAGGAGUUUCUGGCAUUCCAGGUCGGGCAGGUGGAGAUCAUCAAGGAAUAGCGGAUCGAGCUGGCAGCGGACCGCACCAGCAUCACCAGGCUCAACAAGUUAUGACUUAUUGUUACCAACAUGAUGGAAGAUCACUAAUUCAAUUUAGAACAAACGCGCUCCUACUUUAUUGUCCUUCCAGUAGCCUCACGCAUUCUCCUUGCUCUUUCCGCUACCUACUUCUACCACAUUGAUUCUAACUCCCGCACCACUCCAAAUGCGCUCGCUGAUGUUCAUUCGCCAGGUGCCGUGAAAACAAGAGCAUUGAUUUCGAGUUCACUCGUCAGCGCUGAAGAACUAUUACCUUGGCUCGAGCUCUUCGACAGAUAUUCAGAGUCCCAAGAAGACCCCGUCUCAUCCAGAAAAGACCUCGCCAACUUGAUCCUGG